CCCCCCUGCAGGUGACCCUUGCCCGCCUGCCUGCUUACCCCCCCCACAGCUGGAACCAAGAAGGCUGUGUCCCCCUUCUUCUGGGCGUCCUUCCAGUCCUGCUGUCAGAGCGUCCCCCUUCUUGACCACUGAUUCCCAGAGCUCUGGCUCUUACUCUGCUGGGACAAGGAGUUGCUAAGAACAUCUUAACGUCCACAGUAAGGCCUGCCCAGGACCAGAGGUGACGGCUCUCACACUGCUAACGAGGGUCACAGUCCUCAGGAUGUUCCAAGGGGAAUAGAAGCCCGAAGCAGAGCCUCUAGCCCAUUCUCCCCAAUAAUGGGGCCCCCAAGGAGUUAUCUGGUGGCUGGCCUGUGUAUGUGGAUGACCUUGGGCUGGGUAGGGGGCUCAGCUCCCAACCUGGGCCCUGCUGAGCAGGAGCAGAAGCAUUACCUGGCCCAGCUGUUCGGCCUGUAUGGAGAGAACGGGACACUGACCGCGGGGGGCCUAGCACGGCUUCUCCACAGCCUGGGGCUAGGCCGAGUUCAGGCCCUUCGGUUGGGACACCAUGGGCCUCCAGCUGGUCGGGCUGCACCUCCAGCUGGAGACAAUUCCACGCACAGAUCACAGGACCCUGAGCUGAGUGUGGAUGUCUGGGCAGGGCUGCCUCUGGGUCCCUCGGGAUGGGGUGACCCAGAGAAGCCAAAGGUCCCAGCAUCCCCCCGUGGGCCAGCACCCUCGGGCCUGGACCUCUUUCACAGGCUUCUGUUGUUGGACCAUUCACUGGCUGACCAUCUGAAUGAGGAUUGUCUGAAUGGCUCCCAGCUGCUGGUCAAUUUUGGCCUGAGCCCCGCUGCUCCUCUGACCCCUCAUCAGUUUGCUCUGCUGUGUCCAGCUCUGCUUUAUCAGAUCGACAGUCGUGUCUGCGUCCAGGCCCCAACCCCAACUCCCCCAGGGGAUCUUCUGUCUGCCCUGGUUCAUAGUGCCCUGGCAAUCCUGCUGCUCAGCCUCCCCGCCCCCCUCUCCCUGCUCCUGCUACGGCUCCUGGGACCACGUCUGUUGCGGCCCCUGCUAGGCUUCCUGGGGGCCCUGGCCGUGGGCACACUUUGUGGGGACGCGCUGCUCCACCUGCUGCCACAUGCACAAGGGGGGCAGCAUGCUGGACCUAGCGGACGACCAGAGGAGGAUCUGGGACCGGGACUGUCAGUACUUGGAGGUCUCCUCCUGCUCUUUGUGCUGGAAAACAUGCUAGGGCUUUUGCGGCGUCGUCGAGGGCUCAGGCCAAGAUGCUGCAGGCAAAAAAGAAAGGAUCUCAGGGUACCGACCCUGGACCUGGAGGAUGGCAGUGGGAUGGCCCUUCAGUCCCUACAGGCAGCUCCAGAGCCAGAAGCUCAGGGCCGCGGUGAGCAAGCCAGCCAGCCCCUACCGGCCCCAGCCCCCGCUGGGCACCAAGGCCACAGUCAUGGGCACCAGGGUGGCGGUGGUGCCCACAUCACGUGGAUGGUCCUCCUGGGAGACGGUCUGCACAACCUCACUGAUGGGCUGGCCAUAGGUGCUGCCUUCUCCGAUGGCUUCUCCAGUGGCCUCAGCACCACCCUGGCUGUCUUCUGCCACGAGCUCCCCCAUGAACUGGGUGACUUCGCAAUGCUGCUCCAGGCAGGCCUGUCCUUCCGGCGGCUGCUGCUGCUGAGCCUGGUGUCUGGAGCUCUGGGACUAGGGGGUGCAGCCCUGGGGGUGGGGCUCAGUUUGGGCCCUGUCCCCCUCACUCCCUGGGUGUUUGGGGUCACUGCUGGGGUCUUCCUCUAUGUGGCCCUUGUGGACAUGCUACCAGCCCUGCUUCGACCUCCUGAGCCCCUCCCUAUGCUCCAUGUGCUACUGCAGGGUAUGGGGCUGCUGCUGGGGGGCGGCCUCAUGGUCACCAUAGCCCUGCUGGAGGAGGAGCUGCGGCCCCCGGUCUCUGAUGGCUGAUGGGGACCAGCGGAAAGGUUGCCCUUCCUUCCCCCCAACCACAGGAAUGGAGGCGGGACACAGGGCCAGUAGGAGCAACAGGAUUUUAAUAAACAGAACCCAUCCCAAA